AUGAACUUUUUCGCCCUCGUGUUCAUGCUUGUGGCGGUCGUGCAGGCACAUACCGUGCUCUUGCCGCCCCACGGAAAGCAGUGUUUCUUUGAGCACCUCAAGGCUAACGAUGAGUUGUCCAUCAGCUACCAGGUUGGUUCCAGAGACCCCAACAACGCUGAGCAGUACACCAUUGAUUUCUACAUUAUUGCUCCUAACGACAAGAUGAGAGUUUCUAGAGGCAGCGUUGACCACGGUGACGAGACCGUCAAGGCCGAAAUGACCGGCAGAUACAAGUACUGUUUCCUGAACGAGAAGUCGUCUCGUGUCGACUUGGAUGUUUCUUUCAACGUGCACGGUGUGGUGUACAUCGACGUGAACGACCCCCAGUCGGACACUUUGGACUACGCGAUCCAGAAGUUGGGUGAAUUGACCAGCGACGUCAAGGCUGAGCAGAACUACUUGGUGAUCAGAGAGAGAACCCAUAGAAACACCGCAGAGUCGACUAACUCGCGAGUCAAGUGGUGGUCGAUGUUCCAGAUUGUAGUUGUGGCCGCCAACUCGUUGUUCCAGAUCUACUACUUGAAGAGGUUCUUUGAGGUGAGGUCGGUCGUCUAG